UUAUUUCGCUGCGUAGAAAUACCUUCCAUUCCAGAAUUAAACUACUUUUUAUUAUAUCUGUAGAAUACUGUAUUGGCCUAUAGAUAAAUAACAGUUUCUAUUGAGUUUACAGCAAGAGUCAAUUUUAAUAUUCGCAUGUUUGCUUCAACGGAGUUACGUUGGCAACAGGAACAAUCACGCGUCAUCUGUGAUUCAAACCGCGGUAUUUGUGUUUAAAUCUGUACUGAGUACUGCGAUCGCUGUUCCGAAGCCGGUUGAAAUCAGUUGUUGCGACGCUUUGUAAAACUUCCGAAGUACUAGAAGAAGUAUUUUUCUCCAAGGUGUUUUCUUAAAUACUUUUAUUCACUAUGUAUGAAAUAUUCUCAGACCGUGAAACACAAGAUCUGCAGAGAAGCAAUCACCAGAGGCGCAGUAUAGAUGUGAAAGGAGGGUGCAUUCUAAAAUCUAAAGGUAGUGAUGUCCUCAAAAAGAAAAAUGUUUUUGCUAAUCUCAGUAAUAUUAUGAGACAAAAAAAUGAAGCUGAACCACUGAUAGAUGAUGAUCAUCAAAUUUCAAACCUGUCUGCUUGUGACAAGAAAAGCAAAAAUGUAGAAAAUGACAAUGACAAUGGCAAGGAUAGGCACCAGAGAUUGUAUGAAAAAAUGAUAGCUGAGAAAAAUAUCUUUCCUGGUGCAUCUUGUGAAGUUCCUAAUUAUCUUCUAGAUGCCCCAUACUUGUACAGUGAAAAUAUCCUCUUCGAUGAAAGCAGUAAUUCCACUUUCGGCGAAAAUUCCAGAAUUGAGGAAGAUGUUUUCUUUGGAACAUAUUAUUCCAUUUCAGAAGACGAGAGAGAAUUAAUUAGCACAACUAACUGGGAUAUGGAUACAUCUGAAACUAUGUCUGGAUAUUGUUCUGAAGAGGGAAGUUGCGAUACAAGUUAUGAUGACCGAUGGCUUGAGAAACCUCUCUGGAAGACUAGUGAAGGAUUUCACCAGAUUGUUGAAGUGCCAGAAACAUCAAAAUGUGAAACACUGACGAAAUUGGAAGACAUGGAGUUUACCAGUUUUUUUACUGAGAUCCCGAGUUCUGUAAAAACAACUUUAGAUGUACCAGAUGUUCUGUUUGGUAGUGAUUGUGAAAACGAUGGCCCAAAAAUUCCUGUACCAGAUCUGGAAUGGUGACAUUUUGUAAAUAUGUUCAUAGUGUAUUAUUCACAGUGUGUUGCUGUGGUAUUUAAUGUGCAAUUUUUGAAAUUCAUUUAAAGUGGAUCAUUUAUUGUAAAUGACAGAUGUUCUAUUUUCAGAUUAUAUUUAAAAUAAA